AUGAUUUAUUACUGUUUAGUAUCACAUCAGAAAAAACAAUUAAUUACAAUAACUGAGAAAUUUAUUACUUUACCCAUUCGCAGUGUUAGAAGAAAACAUUAUGUUAGUAACUAUAAGCCGGCCGUUAAACCUCUGUCAAUUAUUGAAAGUCUUAAUUUGAUUAAAUCAGAGAAAACUACCUACAGGCAGUGCUAUUCAUUAAGUCAUUGUGCAAAAUCGUUAAAUUUUUGUAAAAGUAAACUUUUAAAAAAAAACCUGUAUUUUACUCAAAGAUGUAAUAUUGGAAGCAUUGGUAAAGAAGAUGCACCCCUAACAAAGACUCAAGCUGAUGAUCUUAUUCUUCGUUUGACUGAAGAUGAAAGAAAAGCUUUGUUGUCAGCUUUACAAGAGUACAAUUCAAAUCAAGUAAAAGCUGAAUAUGAAGGUCAACUUGCAGCUACUAGAUGGAGGUCAAAAUUUGGAAGACCUAGUAAGCUUCCUACUCUUGGAGAUGUUGAUCCAACAGGAUCAUAUUGCCAUUUGCCAGAAGACUGUUUGAAAAAUUGUUUUUUGACUGAAAAGGUUCCACUACCAACAGGUCAACAACUUAUGAGAGUUGCUAUAUUCAAUGCAGUUCCCUUUGUUGGUUUUGGAUUUUUAGAUAAUUUUGUUAUGAUUGUUGCUGGUGAUUACAUCGAUGAAACAUUAGGAUCAUUAGUUACCAUUUCGACAAUGGCUGCUGCAGCUUUAGGUAACACUAUUUCUGAUGUCAUGGGAAUUGGUUCUGCUUGGUAUGUCGAAUUAGCUGCUUCAAAAGUCGGUUUAAAACCUCCUAAUUUAUCUCCUAUUCAAUUAGAUAUGAAACCUGCUAGGAGAGCAGCCAAUUUGGGUAGAGCCAUGGGAAUAAUUGUAGGAUGUUUAUUGGGAAUGUUACCUCUUUUAUUUAUUAGUAAAGAUGAUGGGAAAAAAAAGGAAAAAGUUUAA